AUGAUCAAUCUAAGGCACAGUUAUCAAGUAAAAAGAAGGUUGGUCCAUUUGUUAUUGUUGCAAAUGUUCUGGGAUGUGGUCCUGAGUCAGCUGCACUAUAUCCUGCCAGAGGAAUCCAAGCAUGGCACCUUUGUUGGAAGAAUUGCUCAGGAUCUUGGACUGGAGAUAGGUGAGAUUAAUUUCAGAAUGUUACGUAUUGUCACUAGAGAUGAGAAGGAAUAUUUCCAGGUAAAUCUGCAGAAUGGCAUCUUGUUUGUUAAAGAGACAAUAGACAGAGAGAUGUUGUGCCCCAAUACACACUUCUGUGUUAUUCCCCUCCAGGUUAUUGUAGAUAAGCCUGUGCAGAUGUAUCGUGUUGAUGUAGAAAUAGAAGACAUAAAUGACAAUAGCCCAGCUUUCUCCUCCAAUGUGUACAAUCUAGUGAUUUCAGAGCUCCGACCAGCAGGAUCUCAUUUUCCACUAAAGGGAGCUGUUGAUCCAGAUCUGGGAGCAAAUUCUAUCACAAAUUAUGAACUCAGUGCAAGUGAUUAUUUUGCGUUGGAUUUUCAAAAAUAUUUAAAUCAAAUCAGAUCCUUAGAACUUGUGCUGAAAAAAUUCAUAGACAGAGAAAAGCAGUCUGUUCACAACCUCACUCUUACAGCUUAUGAUGGAGGUAAGCCAAGAUUUAGUGGUACAAGCCAAGUAGUAAUUAAUGUGGAAGAUGUUAAUGAUAAUGCUCUUUUAUGUGAUCAGCCAUUUUACCAGUGCAGUGUGGAUGAAAAUGCAGCAAAAGGGACUUUAUUAUUGAAGAUACAUGCUACAGAUUCGGAUGAAGGAAAAAAUGGGGAAAUAUUUUAUGAAUUUAGCAACAUGGGAAUGGAUGAAGUUAGCAAAGUCUUUAGUCUAGAUAAACAGACAGGAGAAAUUAUAGUGAAAGGUGAAGUGGACUAUGGAAAUUUGAAUAUAUAUGAAAUUCAGGUUGAUGCUGUUGAUAAUGGAGAACAUUCAAUGGUUGGACACUGCAAAGUUCUAGUGACUGUUGUAGAUGUUAAUGACAAUCCUCCUGAGAUCACAGUGACAUCACUCUCAGUUCCUGUUCCGGAGGACUCACCCCAGGGAACAACAGUUGCAAUUAUCAGUGUACAUGACAAGGAUUCAGGAUUAAAUGGUAAAGUAAAUUGCCACCUUGUUGGACAUACACCCUUCAAGGUAAAUCCAGCUUUCAUGGGUGAUUUUGCUUUGACUGUGAAUGGGCUCUUGGAUCGAGAAAUUAAUGAUAAAUAUGAAGUUGUAAUAACAGCAAAAGAUGAAGGUUAUCCAUCCAUUUCAGUUUCAAAGACUCUUAAUAUAGUUUUAAGUGAUGUGAAUGACAAUGCCCCCAUAUUCCAACAGAUUGUUGACACAAUUUUUAUCAAGGAAAACAACCCUCCAGGUUCUCAUAUCUACACAGCAUCAGCCUAUGACCCAGAUAUUGGCCAGAAUUCAUUCAUCACAUAUUCAAUCAGUGAUGGCACAAUUGAUGGGCUCUCUAUAUCUUCUUACAUCUCCAUCAAUCCAGAGAAUGGCAAGGUGUUUGCUUUGGUAUCUUUUGACCAUGAACAAGUUAGUUAUUUUAGGUGUCAUUUAAAAUCCACAGAUGCUGGACUACCCCCGCUCACUUCUAAUCUUACAUUAAAUGUUUUUAUUGAUGAUAUUAAUGACAAUGUCCCUACCUUUUUCCCACUGUAUUCUACAGUGACACUUAAAACUCCAUUGUCAGCCCAGCCAGGAUAUCUGGUGACCAAAAUGAGUGCUAUAGAUCUAGAUUCUGGAUACAAUGCCUUAAUGUCUUACAAUUUUAAGGAUCUUCCUGGCAAAUCACCAUUCAUAAUAUCUCAACAAACUGGAGAAAUACAUUUAAAACGCUCACUUACGGAGUCAGAUAAUGAUGAAUAUAGGAUGCAAGUGGUAGUUCAGGACCAUGGAGAACCAUUGAUGACUGCAGUUACACAAAUCAUUAUCUCCUUGGUGGAAUCUGGAGAGGAAAUUCAGUUUAAUAAUCAUGAGUCCAAACAAAAUGAUGAUGGAUUUUCAUACACAAAUGUUUACUUGGUUGUUGCCAUCUGCAUCAUUUCGAGUAUAUUUCUUAUCACACUAAUUGCCUUCACUGUUUUAAAGUGGCAAAGUUAUAGAGAGGAGGUUGAUGAACUGAAGGAAGAUUACAAGAUCUGCUCAAACACUGGUGGCAGUUGGUUGUAUUCCCAACAAACCCAAUAUCGAGUAUGUUCAAAUUCAAUGCAAGCCAAAAAUGACUUAAUUGUCUUCACUCCAAGUAACUCUCAAUCUCCAGGAAAGGAAGAGCAUGCAAACCAAUUAGGAACCAUGCUAAAUUCUUCAUAUAAGGUAAGAUAA